AGUGGCGCUGGUUGCCGGGUAACCAACGCCGGGCCGGGGCCGGGGGCCGCGGCCAUGGGCGAGCUGGGCCCGGAGGGUGAGGCCGGGAACACGUACAGCCUGCGGCCCGGCUUCCAGCGCCGAUUUAAACCUUCUACUGUAAAAGAAUGUAUCCAUGCAAUACUGAAAGAGAAGUUGACCAAUGUACAGUACGUCCCAGAAGAAAUGCCUCAGCUUACCAAAUCCUUAUCAGAGACGAUAAAAGAUCGACUGAAAGAUGAGGGAUUUGAUGACAGAUACAAAAUGGUUGUGCAGGUUGUGAUUGGAGAGCAAAGAGGAGAAGGAGUAAAUAUGGCUGCACGAUGUUUCUGGGAUGCUGACACUGACAGCUAUGCUCAUGAUGUUUUUAUGAAUGACAGCCUGUUUUGUGUGGUAGCUGCAUUUGGCUGUUUCUACUAUUGAAGAUGGUGAAGGUUGCACAAAAGGACUGGGGGAGAGGAAGAGGGGAUAUUUUAGGAUAUUUUUUGUUAACAUACUGUAAAGCAGCAUGUCCUUCCUUUUUUAGAGUAACAAAGUACAGCUCUGCAAAGCACAUCCUACACCUGUUACACUACAACAUCCCUUCUUCCUUGUUGAUAUCAGUAUGGCUUUCUUGUUGGUAUCAGUAUAGCUUUAAACAGGUUAUUAUGUCCUUUAUUUAAAUCACCCUUUGUUUUAUAUAAAGUCAACUGGUUUUGUUCUAAAAAAGCAUACCGCUGAUAGCCAUUGUUUCUAAGAUGAGCUAAGCUUUUGUCUUGAAAAGGUUACUUUUAAUUUCCUGAGGUAAAUGAAAUAUUUCUAAUAAAUGUAACAUAAUAAACGUAUGUAUUUA